AUGCCUCUCCCUCGCAUCCCAGACCUGAGUCUUCCAUCUUUUCGGGAGCUCGACGAGUCUAUCGAAGUCAACAGGCGCAACCAGCCGAGCUCGCAUCUUUCUAACAAUAUGUACGAUGGAACAGAUAGCAGUUCCUCGUCUUCGCCGCAGAAGAUGAAUACCAUUCCCAACCCGUACCCACCCUAUCCAGCUAAUGGAUGGCUUGUCCCGCCUGACCCUAGCCAGAAUGCUUUUCGUGGCCCCGGAUUUACCUACCAAAACGUCUCUGCCGGGGCUCCUCAAGCCAAUGUGAACGCGGAGAAGGAGAUGACUCUCGCCCCUGGACUCCCAGUACGCCUGAAGGAACCCCAGCCAAUCCAGACAUCCCCAACCUCUACACAAUCGACUCUUAGCUCCGCACAGACAACAAUCCGCGAGCGACUAUCACCAAACACCCCAGUGGCAUCAACCACGAAGACCCCCGCCAACGCGCCUCGACGAAUUCCAACAAAUCGGGCCCAACCGAACAAACAAAUCAACCGCCAAAGGAUUAACCGCGAUGCAACCGCAAACCACCGAGUGCAGAGACGGCGAAUCGGCGUCCACUUCUCAGAAGUAGCAGCACACACCGCAAAAUGCGACGUCUGCAACAAGCGCAACAAGAACGGCAUGUCUCGCUGCCAGAACUGCGGCUGGCAAAUCUGCCGCAAGUGUCUGAGCGACCGAAACGGAGACCGAACUCACGCUUCCUUCGGAGCGACUCAUGUCCCCGAGGGCGGCGGCGAUAUGCCACUGUCUUUGCCACCUGUGGACGGGACCCAAGACCGUCGAUCCUCUGAGUCCAUUGCCCAUGUUAGGGCUGCGCAAACCUUGCUGGAUCUUGGAUCUUUGGUUAACCCAACGGGAACUACUGGUACUACCCGUGUUGUGAGAGGUAUUGCAGGUGGACAGACAGUGGUUCAUGGGCCUCGCCGAGUCAUGCAGCAGCAGAUUGAUUCUUUGUCUACGGAUUCUGAUAUGACCUUGUCGAUUACUGGGGAGGAGGUGUGGCCUCAGGAUGAGACUGAUAUCCCUAUUGGUGAGGACGGUUUGCCUGUUGGGUAUAUCAUAACACGUCGCAAUCCUGCACGUGCUGCGAGACCUUCUACAAAGAUGGCGGAGUAA